CUCAGUCAGAAAAGCGGACUCAACCCGCGCGGACGCGUGGCGCCGGUGCUUGUAGUUUUUUAGUUUUUGACAGUUGGCGCGUUUUUCGGUUAAACUAGGUAUUUUUGUGGAAAUCAUAGAUUUAAGUUCGUGUAAUCUGUGUAUUUUCUGUUUACAUUAGUGUACGACUAGUCAUUUGUGAAUUUUCCGUGUUGGCUGUGAAUAGUGCCCGCCGUGUGUACCAGCAGUCUGAGUGUACAAUUUUACUUUGUGAUUUCUCUUGGAAUAUUGUUUUUGUGGACCGCCGGUCGCGAAAGAGGUCGCCACCUGCAGCAUAAUAGGGAGCCAUACCCCGAGGCGGAAAGACGGGUGCGACCCGCACUCGUGAGCUAGAGGGUUGUCGGGCGUGGUGCGGGCGGCGGCCGCAAGCCCGGCACCAUGGCGACGGUCGAAGGGCGGCCGGCGCAGUACGGCGUCAGCCUUCGGCAGCUGCGCGAGCUGAUGGAAACGCGCGGCGCCGAGGGCCUGGCCAAGAUCAACGCGCUCGGCGGUCCGCAGGAGUUGUGCAAGAAGCUGUACACCUCGCCCACAGAUGGUCUUAGCGGUUCAAAAGCUGAUCUCCAGCAUCGGCGCGAAGUGUUCGGUUCUAACCUUAUCCCGCCGAAGCCGCCCAAAACCUUCCUGACCCUAGUGUGGGAGGCUCUGCAAGACGUGACGCUUAUCAUUCUGGAGGUGGCCGCCGUUGUAUCGCUAGGGUUGAGUUUCUACAAACCGUCCGACGACGAUAGUGACAUAGGACAUCUGGACGAAGAGGAGGGGCACUACCAAUGGAUCGAGGGGCUCGCGAUAUUAAUAUCUGUCAUAGUCGUCGUUAUAGUCACAGCGUUCAACGAUUACACGAAAGAGAGACAAUUCAGAGGACUUCAAUCGCGGAUAGAGGGCGAGCACAAGUUCGCAGUAAUACGCGGCAACGAGGUGAAGCAAGUGCCCAUCAGCGAGAUCGUGGUCGGCGACGUCUGCCAGAUCAAGUACGGCGAUCUACUGCCCGCCGACGGUAUACUGAUGCAGAGCAAUGACCUCAAGAUAGACGAAUCAUCGCUGACAGGCGAAUCGGACCAUGUCAAAAAGGGAGAAAGUUUUGAUCCCAUGGUGCUAUCCGGGACUCACGUUAUGGAAGGUUCAGGCAAAAUGCUGGUCACAGCCGUCGGCGUCAACUCGCAAGCCGGCAUCAUAUUCACGCUGCUCGGCGCCGCGGUCGAGAGCCAGGACAAGCAGAUCAAGCAGAUGAAGAAAGAAGCUAAAAAGCAGCGAAAGGAACAGCGCAAGAGCAUUGGCGGCGGCGAUGAAGACGUCAACCUACCGGCCUCGGGCAACAGCCACGGCAACCACAACAGGCCUGACGACAACCACGUACCCGCUCCGGCCUCCGACAAGCCGGCCCCAGAGUCACACAAGAAGGAGAAGUCUGUGCUGCAGGCCAAGCUCACCAAGCUGGCUAUACAGAUCGGUUACGCGGGCUCAACGAUCGCGGUCCUAACCGUCAUCAUCCUAGUGAUCCAGUUCAGCGUGACGACGUUCGUGACGGAAGGGAAGCCGUGGCGCGCGACGUACAUCAACCACUUCGUCAAACAUCUCAUCAUCGGUGUGACCGUGCUCGUGGUGGCCGUGCCGGAGGGCUUGCCUCUCGCCGUCACGCUUUCGCUCGCCUAUUCUGUUAAGAAAAUGAUGAAAGACAACAACUUGGUGCGACACUUGGACGCGUGCGAAACGAUGGGCAACGCAACGGCCAUCUGCUCCGACAAGACUGGCACACUCACGACCAACCGCAUGACAGUGGUGCAGUCAUACAUCUGCGAGAAGCUGUGCAAGGUCACGCCCAACUACCGCGACCUGCCCAGCGACGUGGCCGAGACGCUGGUCGAGGCCAUCUCCGUCAACAGCGCGUUCACCUCCCGCAUCAUGCCUUCACAAGACCCCACCGGCCCUCCCAUGCAAGUCGGCAACAAGACAGAAUGCGCUUUGCUCGGUUUCGUGCUCGGCCUCGGCCAGAGCUACGAGGCCGUGCGUGAGCGCCACACCGAGGAGUCCUUCACACGCGUCUACACCUUCAACUCCGUGCGAAAGAGCAUGUCCACUGUUAUCCCUUACAAGGGAGGCUACAGGCUGUAUACUAAGGGCGCUUCGGAAAUCGUCAUGAAAAAAUGUUCAUUCAUCUACGGACACGAAGGGCGUUUAGAAAAGUUCACGAAAGAUAUGCAGGACCGAUUGGUGCGGCAAGUCAUCGAGCCGAUGGCGUGCGACGGUUUGAGAACCAUCUCCGUCGCGUAUAGGGACUUUGUUCCCGGCAAGGCUGAGAUUAAUCAGGUGCACAUAGACCAAGAACCAAACUGGGACGACGAAGAGAACAUUGUGAACAACUUAACCUGCCUCUGCGUAGUCGGUAUCGAGGAUCCCGUUAGGCCAGAGGUACCAGAAGCUAUCCGCAAGUGCCAGAAGGCGGGCAUCACGGUCCGCAUGGUGACGGGCGACAACGUCAACACGGCGCGCUCCAUCGCCGUCAAGUGUGGCAUAUUGAAGCCGACUGAUGACUUCCUUAUCUUGGAGGGCAAGGAGUUCAAUAGGCGGAUUAGGGAUGCUAAUGGCGAGGUCCAACAGCACCUACUAGACAAAGUGUGGCCCAAGCUACGAGUUCUAGCGCGCUCGUCGCCCACAGACAAGUACACGCUCGUGAAGGGAAUGAUCGACUCCAAGUGUCAGGAGACGCGCGAGGUGGUCGCGGUGACCGGCGACGGCACCAACGAUGGCCCCGCGCUCAAGAAGGCUGACGUCGGCUUCGCUAUGGGUAUCGCCGGUACAGACGUAGCGAAAGAAGCGUCGGACAUCAUCCUAACAGACGACAACUUCUCCUCGAUCGUGAAGGCCGUGAUGUGGGGCCGCAACGUGUACGACUCGAUCGCCAAGUUCCUGCAGUUCCAGCUCACAGUCAACGUGGUGGCCGUUAUCGUUGCGUUCAUUGGUGCUUGUGCGAUACAGGACAGUCCGCUUAAGGCUGUACAAAUGUUAUGGGUGAACCUGAUCAUGGACACGCUGGCGUCGCUGGCGCUGGCCACGGAGAUGCCGACGCCGGACCUGCUGCAGCGCAAACCGUACGGCCGCACCAAGCCGCUCAUCUCCCGCACCAUGAUGAAGAACAUCCUCGGACAGGCCAUCUACCAGCUGUUCAUCAUCUUCUCGCUGCUCUUCGUCGGUGACCGCAUCCUAAACAUCCCGUCAGGCCGCGGCAAGCAGCUGAACACGGAGCCCACGCAACACUUCACGAUCAUCUUCAACACUUUCGUGAUGAUGACCCUCUUCAACGAGAUCAACGCGCGCAAGAUCCACGGCCAGAGAAACGUGUUCCAGGGGCUCUUCACUAACCCCAUCUUCUACUCUAUAUGGAUCGGCACUGCGUUGUCGCAGGUGGUGAUAAUCCAGUUCGGCGGCAUGGCGUUCAGCACGGCGGGGCUGUCGAUAGACCAGUGGCUGUGGUGCCUGUUCUUCGGCGCCGGCACCCUCGUGUGGGGCCAGCUCGUCACUUCAGUACCCACUAGGAAGAUUCCCAAGAAACUUUCUUGGGGCCGCGGGCAGCCGGACCCCUCCACCAUCCAGCCCGGGCCUGACUACGACUCGGACCUGGACAAGAAGCCGCGCGCCGGACAGAUCCUGUGGAUCCGCGGCCUCACGCGCCUGCAGACGCAGGUCAUAGGUGGCGAGUUACAGGAACGCCUGAUCCCCGUCCCGUACAGCAAGACUUCGACAGACCAGGCUAUCCGCGUGGUGAACGCGUUCCGGCAGGGCCUGGACUCGCGCGGCUCGCUGGCGGACGCCGCGCUGGCCGAGGCGCUGCGCAAGCAGACGGCGCUGAGCAAGCGCUUCUCGCACUCGUCGAGCGUCGAGUACGAGACGCGUGACGCGCUCGCGCCGCACGACAUCGACGUGGAGCGCCUGUCGUCCCACUCGCACACCGAGACCGCCGUCUAACGCCGCCACCCCCACGGUCCCCGCUCACGGAUGCAAUAAAUUAGCGAUAACAGUAUUAUAGCGCCCGACCGUGCCCAAAGACGUUCCCGACCGUUACGCUGCCAUCGCUCUAAUGUAAUGAUUAUUAUAUAUGCUAAAACGAUUGUGUAUAAAAUCAUAUUUUUAAACAGAACGAGGAUCGUUUCGUUUGGUUCGAGUAUGGUUGCCGCGGCCAGCCCGCCCGUGUAUUUGAGCAUAAGUUAUAUUGUUAACUAGUGUGUUUAAUUAUUCGAUUGUUUUGAAAAUAUUUUAUUAUAAUACGCGUGCGUUAGCGCGCGUCUGUUGAACAAAUAAAAAUAUUGUCUAAUUAUUAAUUUUAGAUUUAAGCGCAAGGGUGAGCGAAUGGGCGUGUGUUUUUUGAAAAAAAAUAAAUUUUUCGCAUACCAUCGUGUCAUCUCUUACACGGAAUGAAAUGUUUUGUAUUGCUUUUGUCUUGGACGCGAGGUGGGGGGGGCUCCGGAUCUUGUAUAAACCGUUUCAUUUGUUACCACGCCCGCGGCCUCCGCCACGCCGCACACAUCUAUGUAUUCAUCAUAUUACAUAUAUAUACAUAUACUUUGACUAAAUUAUUACAUUGAGUAUUAGUUAAGGUGUUUGUUAUAAAUUUCAAUAACUUUUCUUUUUGUUUUUACGACAUUUUCCCCCUAAAUCUAAGUAUACAUUUAAGUCAUAUCUCGAAGCGUAGACGCAUCAACUAGUUUCUAUACAAGAAACGACCACUCUUGUGUAUAAACCGACGUAGUCCACUUAAACAUCUUCAAAAUGUUUAAAUAGAAAUAAACAUUAAAUUGUAUAGCUGAAGGUAUUUAUUUGUAAUGCUAGUAUCUCUUAUGAAACAAAAUACUAAUUAUUCAAUUAUUAUAAUGUACUUAUUGAUUAUUGAUAAAUACUUCAAGUUUAUUAAACAAAAUAUAGUCUACGGUGUAACGAAUUGAUUUUGGAAUUUUUUCUCUAUGAGCAAUAGCGAAGCGCGCGCGCGCACUGGUGGAGGCUCGGGGCCUCGCGCGGGGCGCGGGCCUCGGGCGGGCCUCGGCCUCGCGGGGAGCUCGCGGUCGGCGUCCGGACUCGCGGCCCCCGGCCUCCGCCAGUGCCCGCGCGCUCCAGACAUAGGCGAAGUAGGAUCGCAGCAGUGGCAUUUUCAACUUAUAAAGUAAGACAUGUACUUAAUCGAUUAGUGACGAGUUCGACCGAGUCGCCGCUCGCCGCCAUCUUGUUUUAGUAAACGAUUAGCGAAGCGGCAAUGUUCAAUUUUGUAUAGAACGUUUCAUAGUAGCGGUAUUGAGAGUUGUUACGUUUUGUUCCGGGGCCGCACGCCCAACCACGACGACGGGGCCCGUCCCGCGACUACUAUUAAAACUACUAAACAAUCUUGUAAGUAAUUAAGUAUUAGCUUCAAAUCAAUAAAGCCUUUUUAAAAAAAACUUAGUUAAUGAAAUGAACUAUUGAAACUUCACAUGUUUAAAAGUAUAGCUAUGAUUUCAGUGAAUAGAGAUCAUGGUUUGUGUAUUUAUAUAUAUUUUCGUUGAUAUUCGUUAUGAGCCACGACUCCACGAGUUACCCAAUGAAAGACAUAAAUUAGGAGUGUACUGUAGUGUUAGAGGCGCGCGUCGCGUCGCGGCGCCGCCCGACCCGACAAUCAAUUGUUUCGACACAACAGUCUGCCACUAACCAUUUUAGGUGAUAAGUCCCAUUGUUGUAUUUUUCGUCUCACAAUAAAUGAAAAUCUAUUUUAUUGUUUUUAA